AGCUGGUGUGUUUGAGACCGUUGUUUUGUCUGGGUCAGUCUGUCGCACUGAGGGCUUCCCUGGUUUUCGCUGACCUUGUACUUUACCAACCAUGAUGUUCUUUUCCAGCAAGUGGCCUGUAGUGCCACGUUAGUCUAGUGACUUAGUCUUAUGUAAAGAUUUUUUUUCUAUUUUUAAUGUUCAUAAAAUUAACUGUGUAGUUAUAGAUGAAGUGUAAGAAAGUGAGUCUUGAAUCUUUGGGGAGGAGAUUUUGUCUUUCUGACUUGAUGCUUUUACGAACGAGAAUUAUUUAUACUUUGAAAGUCGCUUUUGGUAGCUCUUAUCGUCUGCUAGCAUUCAUGCAGAAGUUGAGCCGUGAGACUGACUUCUCGCUGUGUUUCGUUUCCUGGUGGUAUACGUUAAUCGAAACGCUACCAUAAAGAAUAUUAGGAUUUGUUAAAGGCAUCAUUAGGUGAGUUUGACACUGAGGGAAUGAUAGUUUAGGGGGGAAGCUGUUAAAUUAGAAAGGUGUAAUCAUCACGUCAGAGCCCUGGUGGCGCAGUGGUUAAGAGCUUGGCCGCUGACCAGAAGGUCGGCAGUUUGAAUCCACCAGCUGCUCCUUGGAAGCCCCAUGGGGCAGUUCUGCUCUGUCCUGUAGGUCACUAUGAGUCAGAAUUGAGUGGACAGCAAUGGGUUUGGUUUUUGUUAAUCAGCAAGUUUACCUAGGUGUGUAAGAAGAAAACUUACAGCAGAUGUCACGGUAUAGCCUGGUAUAGCUGUAAAACAAAUGCAUAUUUCACCUUAACUUCCAUGAAAUAAGUGAUGACCAGCCCUAAAGUUUUUAGCCAUUGGAAAUAAUUGAGUACCUGUAGAAAACGUCAAGGAUUAAGUUUUUACCAAUAUUACAAUGAAAUUACUUUUCAACUGCUUAUUGAUGUUAUACUUAAACAUGGACUAGUGAGCUGUCACCAGGUAAAUUCUUUCGCAUUACAGAUAGACAACAUUUUGCUAGUCCAUUCGUUCUCUGAGAUGGCAAAAUAGAUAGUGGUAUAAUUGAACACAGGGAGGAGAACUUCAGUUUCUGAUUUUUCCUUUCUUUUCGGCAUUGUUAAGCUUUUAAAAUGCCACCACUUAGUUUUAAAUUUGAUCACAGGGAAAAUCAAUGUUCUAAGAUGACUAAGACAUUUUUAAAAAGAGGAACAGUUCAUUUGGAUUUUAUUUCAUAUUUUACAUAGGUAAUUUGUGUCUGUACAUACACACACCUUUUUUUCUCUCAUUCUUGUAGGUUCUGCCGGAGACGCCAUUUGGCCUCGAUGUGAAGUUAAAGGAGGAAAUCACACCCAUCUGCGUGCUGCUCUCGGGAUGCUGACCCACUGGUCCUGCCUGAAGAGGGACAUCCUGCUCUAGAUGCCGACUGCCAGCAAAAACACAGGCUCCUGCUGGAAUGCCAGGCAGCUCUCCUUCCCCCUGGAGUGAAGACCCCCUCCAGACUUGAACAGAACAUCCGCUGCAGAAGAUGCUUCACGCCGCGCGGCUGACAGCAACCUAAGCCCAUGCGCCCCGUCCUCACCGUCGUCGUGGCUGGUCUGCCACCUGGAAGCGCUUCCAGCUCUCACCCCGGCCCUGGGUCUGUCUCUGAAAUGUCUCUGCUUCACGCCUUGGGUCCCGUGCAGACCUGGCUGGGACAGGAGCUCGAGAAGUGUGGCAUCGAUGCUGUGAUUUACACUCGGUACGUCCUCAGUCUGCUGCUCCAGGACAGCUAUGACUACGACCUGCAGGAACAGGAGAACGACAUCUUCCUAGGCUGGGAGAAAGGCGCUUACAAGAAAUGGGGAAAGAGUAAGAAGAAGUGUUCAGACCUGACUCUCGAAGAGAUGAAAAAGCAGGCUGCUGUCCAGUGUCUUCGAUCUGCAUCCGAUGAGAGCUCGGGCAUCGAGACCCUAGUGGAGGAGCUGUGCUCCAGGCUGAGGGACCUGCAGAGUGAGCAAGAAGAGAAGAUUCACAAAAAGUUGGAGGGGUCUCCCUCUCCAGAGGCAGAACUGUCCCCUUCAGCAAAGGAUCAAGUGGAAAUGUACUACGAAGCAUUCCCACCACUUUCUGAGAAAACAGUUUGCCUGCAGGAAAUCAUGACCGUGUGGAACAAGUCCAAAGUCUGUUCUCACUCCAGCCCCUCUUCAUCAUCCACAGCCCCACCUGCCGGCACAGACACGUCCUCUCCCAAGGAUGGCCACAGUGAGAGUGAGGCCGCCAGGGACAGGGGCAGGGGAGCUCCCGCCAGCGCACACGAGAUGGUCCCAGGUGGCGGUCGGAGCAAGAAGGAGGGCGCACUCAGCAAUGGCAUGGCAGAGGAACCAUCCAUGUCCUACAAGAAGCAGGCCCGGCACAGGCCAGAGGGGAAGGCCCGCCCUCGCUCCUGGUCCUCGGGCUCCAGCGAAGCCGGCUCAAGCUCCAGCGGCACCCAAGGAGAGCCGAGGGUGCCCGCCAAGUGCGUCAAAGCGAGGCACCGGGCACGGGAGACGCGGAACAAGAAGGGGCGUGGCGGGCAGAGCCGGUUUCCAGCAAAGAGCGGCGAGAAGGCGGAGAGAGGCGUCCGCACGGGGAGCAGCAGCAGCAGCAGUGGCAGUGGUUCUGUCAAGCAGCUGUGCAGACGGGGAAAGAGGCCGCUCAAGGAGUCGGGGAGGAGAGACGCUGGCGGGACUGACGGAAAGGACCUGUGCCUGGAGAGCAGGAGUGACAGGGAGUACAAGGAGGAGCCACUGUGGUACACGGAGCCCAUCGCCGAAUACUUCGUUCCCUCGAGCAGAAAGAGCAAGCUGGAGACCACGUACCGCCACAGGCCAGAGCCGAGCACGCUGACGCCGGAAGCCGGCGAGGAGCUGUCAGAGGCCAUGCACGGCCUGUGUGUCGGCAGCCGCACCCACAAGACGUACCUCGCGGCAGGCACCUUCAUUGACGGUCACUUUGUAGAGAUGCCUGCGGUCAGCGAGGCUGCUGACCUCUCUGGGACCUCGUUCUGUUCUCCGCCAGAGGACGACAAAUAUCUGGAUGACAUUCAUCUGUCAGAAUUCACACACUUCUAUGAAGUGGACAUUGAUCAAUCCAUGUUGGAUCCUGGUGCCUCAGAAACAAUGCAAGGAGAAAGUCGGAUCUUGAAUAUGAUUCGGCAGAAAGGCAAAGAGAGGAUGGAUUUUGAGGCAGAAUGUUGCAUAGUGUUAGAUGGAAUGGAGUUGCAAGGGGAGCGUGCAAUAUGGACAGACCCCACCAGCGCGGGGGGCGCCGAGGGCCUGCUCCUACAGGGAGGUGCUGGGAACCUGGCUCAGUUCUGGGACUGCUGCUCGUCCAGCUCCGGCGACGCCGACGCCGAGAGCUUCGGGGGAGACUCUCCGAUCCGGCUCUCUCCACUCUUGGACGGCACGAUGCUCAGCUCACACUUGCUGGCUGGCAAUCACGAGCUCUUCUCAGACAUUAAUGAAGGAUGUGGUGUAAACUCUUGUUUUUCAGUGUUUGAAGUGCAAUGCAGUGAUUCUGUUCUACCCUUUUCUUUUGAAACACUCAACAUGGGAAACGAAAAUACAGAUUCUAGUGCUAAUGUGCUUGGGAAAACACAAUCUAGAUUGCUAAUAUGGACCAAAAAUAGUGCCUUUGAAGAAAACGAACACUGUUCCAAUCUUUCGACGAGAACGUGUAGUCCCUGGUCCCACUCGGAAGAGACACGUUCAGACAACGAGACGCUGAGUGUCCAGUUUGAGGAGUCCACGCAGUUUAACGCAGAGGAUAUUAAUUAUGUAGUCCCUAGGGUCUCGUCAAAUUACAUAGAUGAAGAACUUCUAGAUUUUUUGCAAGAUGAAGCUUGCCAGCAAAACAGUAGAACUUUGGGAGAAAUUCCUACAUUAGUUUUCAAAAAGAAAUCUAAACUAGAAUCUGUCUGUGGAAUUCAGCUAGAACGAAAACCGGAAAGCAGAGACUUUGAGACUGCACAGGUGUGUGGUGGGAGCAGUCCACGUGGGGACAGCUACCACUCAGGGGUCAUGAAGGGCAUCUGGACACACGUGGCGGGCGGGAACCCGGUGGCCGCGGCGGAGACAGACAGGAUGGACGGCGAGUUGUUCUCUGCAGACGUGAAUAACUACUGCUGCUGUCUGGACGCUGAGGCAAAAACCGACGCCCUCCAGGAAGCCAGCAAGGCUGUGCAGAGGUCGGAGUACCGUCUGUGGGAGGGGCAGAAGGGAGGCCUGGAGAAACGCGUGUUCGCCCCCAGCGAGUCGGCAGAGGUGGAUGGGGGUGACUACACGACGCCCUCGAGGCCAUGGGACGCAGCCCAGGAGAAGGAGAGCGCCUUCAUUCUAGGGGGCGUCUAUGGGGAGCUCAAGACCUUCAGCAGUGAGGGGGAGUGGGCCGUGGUGCCGCCUGGCCCCUCCAGGGGCAGCCUGCUGCAGUGUGCCGCCUCCGAUGUUGUGACCAUCGCAGGCACCGAUGUCUUCAUGACGCCCGGAAACAGCUUUGCUCCAGGCCACAGGCAGCUGUGGAGGCCCUUGGUGUCCUUUGAACAGAGCGACCCACCCAAGAGCGGGGAGGGCGGGUGGAAUAAGGGGAUUUCUUUCAUCUUCCAUGAAGACUUGCUGGGCGCGUGUGGCAACUUCCAAGUUGAGGACCCUGGGCUGGAGUGUCCGUUCUCCUCCUUGGGCCUGAGCAGUCCGCUCUCACAGGUCCUCCACGUCGAGUGCUCCUUUGAACCUGAAGGGAUUGCCUCCUUCAGCCCCAGUUUUAAGCCCAAGUCCAUCCUCUGCUGUGACUCGGACGGCGAGGUGUUCCACCCCAGGACAUGCGGCGUCGAUAGGACUCAGUAUAGGGCCAUCCGCAUCUCUCCCCGGACCCACUUUCGCCCCAUUUCUGCAUCUGAGCUGUCCCCGGGUGGGGGGAGCGAGUCGGAGUCUGAGUCUGAGAAAGAGGAAGCGAGUGUCCCCGUCCCUUCUCAGGUGGACGCCUUCCAGGACCCACAGGCAGACCUGAAGCCUCUCGAAGAAGAUGCCGAGAAAGAAGGCCCUUUCUAUGGGAAGUUGGAGCUUGAGUCUGGGAAGUUCCUUCCCAGGCUGAAAAAGGCCGGAAUGGAGAAGAGCGCCCAGACGUCCCUGGAUUCCCAGGAGGAGGCGGCCGGGGUCCUGCCAGCCGGAAAGCGCAGUCCAUGUGUGGAAUGCAGCGCCGGCGAGACCCUGCAGAUGGAUUUAGGAAGCUCGGAGGCAAAUUGCAAAAUAAUGGCACAGUGCGAAGAAGAAAUUAGUCAUUUUUGCAGUUGUAAAGCAGGUUGUCAGUUUCCUGCUUAUGAAGAUAGUCUGGUUUCUUCAAGACAGCUGGACGAGUUUUCCGUGUUGAACACAGACAUCCAGGGAGCGAGGAGACGUCAGGAGAAGCCGACCUGGUGGGAGAAAGCCCUGUUCUCUCCUCUCUUCCCUACGUCUGAGUGUGCAGAAUGUCACACCGACGCCAAGGCGGAGAACGGUCUAGAAGAGUAUCCGGACGCUAAAGACAUGCCCAGCACUGAGCACCCGCUGGACUUCAAUAGGGUGUCCUCAGUGUAUGAAGCCAGGUGCACCGGGGAGAGGCUCUCGGGCUUCCGCAGAAAGGUGGGCUCCGGCACCGGCUCGGCCGCGGACGACACCAGCCCCGACGACAGCGGCUCGGAGGGCGGGGGCGGAUGGGCGGGCCCCGGCGAAGAGGAGCUCUUUUCUCGAACUCAUCUCUGAACCUGCGAGUAGUGCACGUUGUGUUCUGAAAACCGUGUGCGAUGGGAAAUGACCCUUCUGUGAGGCCUGUUGAUCAGCUUAGGUUUCUUCUUCGAUUAAGUGGUUCCGAUCAGUAAUUCUCUUUCUCUUCUUGCUUAUUUUAGAGUUGAGGCCAGCUAUCCUGUUGAAGAUUUUUUUUCCAAGCUGUUAAUUCUUGGCUAUUUGAAGUAGACUAGACUGUGUUGUCCGAUCCGGAGUGGGUGUGCAUGUGCUUGUCUUAGAAGCAUCCCUGCUUUCUGCAGCUCCGCGCAGCUCUGUCGCCUGGUAGCGCCCGUCCUGCCGCACUGUCCACAGCCACGCUUGCCGUUCAAGACUCAGUGUGGAACACGCAGGCUCUGCUCUCUGAGGCCUGGGACGGGCCCUCGCCCCGCGGUGGGCCUCGGGGGCGCAGGGCUGGCCCACGGUCUCCGUCCAGCCAGCUCUCACACACGUUGGAUGCGGGAGCCACAGAGUAUGCUUUGGAGACUUACCGCUGCUGCGUUUUCUCUCGUAGGGCUUCCCCUAAAGUACCGUGGAGGAUACGUGGCUUGUGACUUUCUUGCUACCUGAAGAAGCCAAGGAUGGGUGUGGGGCAGUGUGUGCAGCAGAGUGGGGAGGGGGCCGGUUGCCCCAAAGUCCCCCUUGGGGGUGGUGAUUCGAGCAGUACAUGCUGAGGACCUUAAUUGCGAAUUGUUGUUUUCUGGUGACCCCCAGACUCACGACUGGAAGUGUCUGAUGCGUGGGGCUCGCCACCCAUGGCCCUCCUGGCUGCCGCAGCCCUCCGUGCUCGAGAUUCCCACAGUCUGUCUUGUGUCUCAUUUUGUGUU